GUGUGUCGGGUGUGACGUAGGUGUGUCUGACAGCGGAAUGAGGAGCAGACAGAUGCUGAGGAGGAGGAGGUGAAGGAGGAGAAGGAGGACACUUACCGAGGAGUAGGACGCACACCGAGGAGCGUGACGGUGGACUGUGAGUCAUUUGAGUACGAGCGGCGGCGUUGGUGAGCAGCGUGGAUGAGCAGAGAUGUCCGUGUCGACACAGCUGGGUCUGCUGCUGUGGAAGAACUUCACCUACAGACGACGACAGACGCUUCAGCUCCUGGCUGAGAUUGUCUGGCCGCUCUUCAUCUUCUUCAUCCUGAUCACCGUGCGGCUGAGCUACCCGCCGUACGAACAGCAUGAAUGUCAUUUUCCUAACAAGGCGAUGCCAUCAGCCGGAACACUGCCCUGGAUCCAGGGAAUCAUCUGCAACGCCAACAACCCCUGUUUCAGACACUCGACGCCGGGCGAGUCUCCAGGUGUCGUCGGCAACUUCAACGACUCCAUAAUUUCCCGUCUUUUUUCUGAUGUAAAGAAGAUUCUCCUGUACAGUCAGAAUGACAAGAACCUGGAGGGGUUUAAGGAGCUGAAUCAGGCUCUGCACGCUCUGCAGAACAGCCGAUCAGGCUUCAAGUUAAAGCACUUCCUGCGACACAAUGAGACGCUGACCACCUUUCUGCUCCAGAACGCCUCCUUCCCCGAACAUGCCGUGGAGCAGAUUGUGAACGCCCGCGUGCACUUGGACAAGGUUCUCCUCAAAGGUUUCGGCACCCACCUGAGAGACAUGUGUCCCCAGAAAGGAGGUCAGCACAACCUGGAGGACUUUGUUGGCAUUGUGGAUCCUCAAGUUUCGGCUCUGGUCCAGGAAGUCAUCUGUCAGGCUCCACCCACUUGGCUUGACCACGCAGAGCAGCACUUCUUGAGCAACCUGGACUUCUUCAAACCAAUACAGAGGGACAUGAGGUCUGAUCCUGAAGCCGUCAAACGAGUCAUCAAAGCCACCAACAACCUCCUGGAAAGUCUGGGCUUACUGGCAGUCGAGUUGGCCAGUAUGAAGAGUUGGAUCGACCUGCGUAACGAGAUCAUCUUCCUGACGCAGAACGCCACAUCGUCGCCCAGCGUUCUGUACCAGGCUGUCUCCAGGAUUGUGUGUGGUCACCCUGAAGGAGGUGGACUCCAGAUUAAAUCCCUAAACUGGUAUGAGGACAGCAACUACAAGGCACUGUUUGGAAACUACAACAGCAGUGAGGAUGAGACGCUUUCUCUCUAUGACAACACGUCCACUCCAUAUUGCAACGGCCUGGUGAAGAGCAUGGACUCUAACCCCUUGUCCAGGAUGAUCUGGCAGGCUGCUAAACCUCUGCUGAUGGGAAAGAUCCUGUACACUCCCCACACGCCCGCCACACAGAAGGUCAUCCACGAGGUAAAUCGAACGUUCCAGGAGCUUGGGGUUUUCAGGGACCUGGGUGACAUGUGGGAAGAGAUGAGACCCAAAGUCUGGAACUUCAUGGAAAACAGUGAGAAGAUGGAUCUCAUCAGGAUGCUGCUCAAGAACAACAUCACCGCCAGUUUAUUCAGUGUUCAGCUGGCCGGCACGGACUGGACAGUCGCUGAUAUUUCCAACUUCCUGUCAAAGACGUCAGAGGAACAGUGGUCUCCAGAUGGCACCAUCACCUGGAGGGACGUUUUUAAUGAGACCGACCAAGCCAUCAUGGGCAUCUCUCGCUUCAUGGAGUGUGUCAACCUGGACAAGCUGGAGCCGGUGUCCACAGAGGAGCGACUGGUCAACCAGUCCAUGGUGCUUCUGGAGGACAGGAAGUUCUGGGCAGGGAUUGUUUUCCCAGACGUCACCCCAAACUCCACCAAGCUGCCCAACAAGCUCAACUACAAGAUCCGAAUGGACAUCGACAACGUGGAGCGGACCAACAAGAUCAAAGAUGCGUACUGGGAUCCAGGUCCUCGUGCUGACCCGUUUGAGGAUAUGCGGUAUGUGUGGGGUGGAUUCUCCUACCUGCAAGAUGUUAUUGAGCAAGGCAUCAUUAGAGCAGUGACAGGCACCAAGGAGAAGACAGGCGUCUACAUCCAGCAGAUGCCGUAUCCUUGCUAUGUAGACGACAUUUUUCUUCGUGUCAUGAGUCGCUCAAUGCCACUCUUCAUGACUCUGGCCUGGAUGUACUCGGUAGCGAUAAUUUUGAAGAGUGUUGUGUACGAGAAGGAGGCGCGGCUUAAGGAGACCAUGAGGAUCAUGGGAUUGGACAACGGCAUCCUGUGGUUCAGCUGGUUCAUCAGUAGCCUGAUCCCACUCCUCAUCAGCGCCGCCCUGCUGGUGGUGGUGCUCAAGAACGGAAACCUGCUGCCCUACAGUGACCCCGGCGUGGUCUUCCUUUUCCUAGGAUCCUUUGCCGUGGUGACAAUCAUGCAGUGCUUCCUCAUGAGUACAGCGUUUGCUCGUGCAAAUCUGGCCGCCGCCUGCGGGGGGAUUAUUUACUUUACACUCUACCUGCCCUACGUGCUCUGCGUGGCCUGGCAGGACUACAUCGGCUUUGGGACCAAAAUCUUUGCUAGCCUCCUGUCUCCUGUGGCCUUUGGGUUCGGCUGUGAGUACUUCGCUCUGUUUGAGGAACAGGGUGUCGGCAUCCAAUGGAAGAACCUGGUGUCCAGCCCUCUGGAGGAGGAUGACUUCAGCCUCCGCACAGCCAUCAUCAUCAUGUAUGUGGACGCCUUCCUGUACGGAGUCCUGACCUGGUACAUCGAGGCUGUGUUUCCUGGUCAGUACGGGAUUCCUCGGCCCUGGUAUUUUCCCUUCACAAAGUCCUACUGGCUCGGAGAGAAAGAUGAAAAGUCCAGCAAAUUCCUGUUGAGCCGGAGAAGAAACCCAGGAGCCGUUUGCAUGGAGGAGGAGCCGGCCCACCUGGAGCCCGGCGUCUACAUUGAGAACUUAGUGAAGGUUUACCGCCACGGCAAGAAGCUGGCAGUGGAUGGCCUGACGCUUGGCUUCUAUGAGGGACAGAUCACCUCUUUCCUGGGACACAACGGAGCUGGUAAAACCACAACCAUGUCCAUCCUGACGGGUUUGUUCCCUCCCACCUCGGGCACCGCCUACAUUCUGGGCAAAGACAUCAGGUCGGAGCUGAACACGAUUCGGCAGAGUCUGGGUGUCUGUCCGCAACACAACGUUCUCUUCAGCAUGCUGACUGUGGAGGAGCACAUCUGGUUCUACGGCCGGCUGAAAGGCCUGUCAGAGGAGCAGGUGAAGAAUGAGAUCGAGCAGAUCCUGCAGGACACCGGCCUGCCUCACAAACGCAAGUCCAAGACCAGCACCCUAUCUGGCGGCAUGCAGCGGAAGCUGUCUGUGGCACUGGCGUUUGUCGGGGGGUCAAGGGUUGUUAUACUUGAUGAACCCACUGCUGGUGUCGACCCCUUUGCCCGCAGAGGGAUCUGGGAUUUGCUGCUGAAGUACCGGCAGGGUCGGACUAUCAUCCUGUCCACGCACCACAUGGACGAGGCGGACAUUCUCGGUGACCGUAUUGCCAUCAUUUCUCACGGGAAACUUUGCUGUGUGGGCUCGUCGCUGUACCUGAAGAACCAGCUGGGGACUGGGUACUACCUGACGCUAGUGAAGAAGGAACCAGAGCCAUCGCUUAGCUCUUGCAGGAACUCAUCCAGUACCGUCUCCUUCACCAAGAAGGAGGAGGAGGAUUGCGCCUCAGUGAGCAGCAGUGAUGCCGGCUUGGGCAGCGAACAUGAAAAGAACGGCCCGGCGGCGUCCAUCUGCGGUAUUCCCUUGGUGCCUCCAGACAUCUCGGUCAUCUCCAGUCUGAUCCUGUGUCACGUCCCUGCUGCCCGCCUGGUGGAGGACCUUGGCCAUGAGCUCACCUACGUCCUGCCCUACAGUGCCGCAAAGGACGGCGCCUUCGUGGCACUCUUCAAGGACUUGGAUAUCAAGCUGUCGGACAUGGGGAUCUCAAGCUAUGGUGUGUCAGACACCACGCUGGAGGAGAUUUUCCUGAAAGUGGCGGAAGACAAUGGCGUUGACAGUGAAGUCCCCUCUGACGGCACUCUGCCAGUGCAGCGGCGGCGGCGGACUCAUGCAUUUGGUGGAGGAGAAACUCAGAGCUGCCUGCGACCUCUGACCGAAGACGAUAACAAUGACUGCAAUGACUCGGAUGGAGACCCGGAGUGCCGGGAGACAGAUUGGCUGAACUGUACGGACGGUAAAGGUUCCUAUCAAGUGAAGGGGUGGAGCCUGAUGCGGCAGCAGUUUGUGGCGCUGAUGUGGAAACGGCUUCUGUACGCUCGGCGCUCCAGGAAAGGCUUCUUCGCUCAGAUUGUUCUUCCUGCUGUGUUUGUUUGCAUUGCUCUGGUCUUCAGUCUCAUUGUCCCACCGUUUGGAAAAUAUCCAAGUCUGGAGCUUCAGCCUUGGAUGUAUGAAGACCAGGUCACCUUCAUCAGUGAUGAUGCUCCAACAGACGCCAACAUGCAGAAGUUGUUGAAUUCUUUUCUGGACUCUCCAGGAUUUGGGACUCGAUGCAUGGAAGGGCAGCCAAUACUAGACGUUCCCUGUACAAUGGGAGAUGAGGACUGGCACAUUCCAGAGGUCCCAGAAAGUGUCCAGCAGCUCCUCAGUGCCAGGAAUUGGACCAUGGAUGAUCCAUCUCCUGCCUGCUUCUGUAGCUGUGACGGUGAGAAGAGGAUGCUCCCCGACUGUCCUGCUGGAGCUGGAGGUCUGCCGCCACCUGAGAUGAAGCUCAGCGCCACAGACACUCUGCAGAACCUGACAGGACGAAACAUCUCCGACUACCUAGUGAAAACCUACGCACAGAUCAUCGGCAAGAGUUUGAAGAACAAAGUUUGGGUGAAUGAAUUCAGAUACGGUGGUUUCUCAUUGGGCGCCAGGAGCACUCAGGUCCUCCCACCAGCCAAUGAGAUCGAUGAUGCCAUUGAACGCGUCAGGAAGAUUUUUGAUUUGGAGAAGGGGGCCGCUGCAGACAGAUUUCUGGACAGUCUGUCGAGCUUCAUUAAUGGUCUGGACACCAAGAACAACGUGAAGAUCUGGUUCAACAACAAGGGCUGGCACAGCAUCGGUGCCUUCAUCAACGUUAUGAAUAACGGCAUCCUGCGAGCCAACCUUCCCCGAGGUGAAGACCCCGCAAAGUAUGGAAUCAGCGCCUUCAACCACCCGCUCAAUCUGACCAAGGAGCAGCUGUCCCAGGUGGCGCUGGUAACAACCUCUGUUGAUGUGUUGGUCUCCAUCUGCGUCAUCUUUGCCAUGUCCUUUGUCCCGGCGAGCUUUGUGGUCUUCCUGAUCCAGGAGCGGGUCAGCAAAGCCAAACACAUGCACUUCAUCAGUGGCGUGCAGCCGCUGCUCUACUGGUGCGCCAACUUUAUGUGGGACAUGUGUAACUACAUCGUCCCGGCGAUACUGGUCAUCCUGAUCUUUGUGUGCUUCCAACAAAAAGCCUACGUGUCGUCCAGCAACCUGCCAGUUCUGGCCUUGCUGCUGCUGCUCUACGGCUGGUCCAUCACGCCGCUCAUGUAUCCGGCUUCCUUCUUCUUCAAGAUCCCCAGUACGGCGUACGUCGUCCUCACCAGCGUCAACAUCCUUAUCGGCAUCAACGGAAGCAUCUCCACUUUCGUCAUAGAGCUGUUUGGAAACAACGAAAUUGGAGGAAUCAACGACAUCCUGAAGAACAUUCUGCUCAUCUUUCCUCACUUCUGUCUGGGCCGUGGGCUCAUCGACAUGGUGAAGAACCAGGCGAUGGCUGACGCCCUGGAGAGAUUCGGUGAGGUCCGGUUCCGCUCUCCUCUGGAAUGGGACAUGGUGGGAAAGAAUCUCUUUGCCAUGGCGGUGGAGGGCGUGGUCUUCUUCAUCAUCACCGUCCUCAUCCAGUACCGCUUCUGCAUCAAGCCCAAGCCGGUCAGUAAACUGACCAAACUGGGUCCAGUCGGCGAGGAGGACGAGGACGUGGCCAGAGAGCGGCAGAGGAUCGUGCAUGGACUCGGACACGGAGACAUCCUGGAGCUCCGCCAGCUCACCAAGGUGUUUAAGAGGAACCAGAAGCCGGCGGUGGACCAGCUAUGUGUUGGGAUUCCUCCUGGAGAGUGUUUUGGGCUGCUUGGCGUUAACGGAGCCGGGAAGACAACGACCUUCAAGAUGCUGACUGGAGACACGAUGGUGACCAGUGGAGAGGCCUUCCUGGCUGGGAAGAGCAUUCUUCGGGAGAUCAACGAGGUUCAUCAGAGCAUGGGUUACUGUCCUCAGUUUGAUGCUGUUAACGAGCUGCUGACAGGCCGCGAGCACCUGGAGUUGUACGCCAUCCUGCGCGGCGUUCCUGAGAAAGAAGUCUGUGAUGUGGCAGAGUGGGGGAUCAGGAAACUUGGUUUGGUGAAGUAUGCGGACAAGGCUGCAGGAAGUUACAGCGGAGGAAACAUGAGGAAACUUUCCACCGCCAUUGCGCUGAUCGGAGCUCCGCCCGUCGUGUUUCUGGAUGAGCCGACCACAGGCAUGGACCCCAAAGCUCGUCGGGCGCUCUGGAACUGCAUCCAUGGUGUCAUUAAGGAGGGCCGGUCCGUGGUGCUCACCUCACAUAGCAUGGAGGAGUGUGAGGCGCUAUGCACCAGGAUGGCCAUCAUGGUGAAUGGCAGGUUCCGAUGUCUCGGGAGUGUACAACACCUGAAGAACAGGUUUGGUGAUGGUUAUACCAUCAUCUUGCGAGUGGCGGGACCAGACCCCGACCUCCUGCCGGUGAUGAAGUUCAUUGAGAGUGAGCUGCCGGGCAGCACGCUGAAGGAGAAACAUCGAAAUAUGCUGCAGUACCAGCUGCCCUCACUGCUGACCUCACUUGCCCACAUCUUCUCCAUCCUUGCCAAGAACAAAGACCUGCUGCAGAUUGAAGACUAUUCAGUCACCCAGACCACUCUAGACCAGGUCUUUGUGAACUUCGCCAAGGACCAGAGUGAUGACUACCACUCCAAAGACACUUCAGUGCGACGGAAAGAUGUCACUGUCAACAUCCCGUUGCUCGGCUCCGGUCAGGGUGCUGCGGGGUUGGACAGUCUGAAAGAGAGCGUGAUGUGAGGUGGCUGAAGGCUUCAGCCUGCUCCUGCUAGUAUUGUAAUACUGUUUUUAAUUAUUCAGUGGGCGGAGUCACCCCUGCUGCUGUGGCGCUGACAGGACACCAUGUUGCCAGUCAAUGCAAAAGAUUCCCAGUGGAGGUUCGUUGCGGCAUACAGACUGCCUCUCACCGGCUGCCGCCCAGGCCAGACUAAGUGUUAAAACCUAUCUUGAACAACCGUCACGCGUUCCUCCAACACCACGCUGCUGCAGCGUCCUGGAUGCAUCGCUGAAGUGGAGGCAGGUUUUUUGCUUGUUUUUGUUUAUUGAACUGGAACCUGCACAGGAACAAUUCAGGGUCAAUUCUAUUUCUGUGGUUUGACUGGACGAGCUGAAUGACAGCAUGAAGAAUCACAAGGG